AUACGACAAACGUCCUCUUUUAUAUAAACAUAGUUGUAGAUUGAACAAUUUACAAAAAUAUUUAGAACAAUUGUUUUUUUAUGAACCGGUAUAGCUGUGAGUCAAAACAAACCUAUCAACAUUUUUAAAAUAUCUACACAAAAUGGCUGGUAAAUUUGGAGGUUUCGAUGAGGAAGAAGAGGACGUGUUAGCUCCGAAAGAACCACAAGUAACUUCGAAUGAUCCUGGAGAACGGAAGAUGGCUAGGGCACUACGAAUUAAAAAAAGACAAGAGGCUUUGAAGAGAGCGGAACAGACAUCUGAAGAAACUUUCAAAGAAGAGGAACCAGGUCUCAUAGAGCAAGCCACGUCUGCAGCAGCCGAAGAGUUGCAGAGACUUGCAUUAGAGGGCGCUGCUAAAGUUACAAAUGUUAAAGUUACGACUGAUGAGAGGGAAGUCAUUCGACGAGCGUUGUUUGCUGAUACCACUCGAGAAUCCAUCGAUAAAAUUGAAGCUGAAGCUGCCGAGGCUCAAACACAAUAUGAAGUUAUAAGUUCUAAUUGGGAUAGGAUGCUUGCAAUAAAGGACCCGCUUGACAUAGACGAGGCUAUCGGAGAACAGAAGAAGAGGUGUGAUAAUCUUCUAGAGCAAAAGAAUAAACUUAUUGACGAUUUGAAACAACAGCUUAAACGAAUGGAUGAGAGUUAUUACGAAGAUUUGGAGAAACAAGACAACGACAUAAAGGAACUUUCAGGAAGAAUUGAGAAACAGAUAACAAUAAUGCAAAGAGCUUACGAAAAGCAACUGAGUCUAAUCGAGUAUGCCAUAGACAUAGAAAGAGAGGCCAUGGUGGAACACAAUAAUAAGAGGUGGGAGGCACUGUACAAGCAGCGAGAUAAGGAGGAAGUUGCCCAUUUGGAAUAUAAAUUUGAGCAGCUUGAAGAAUAUAAAUUAGAGGUAGAAAGUAUAAUGUGGGAUCAUCAUUCAAAAUAUAGGGAAGCUAAAAUCGAACUUGAGUCUUUAAUUCAAGAUUUGCAAAAGGAGUUGGAGAAAUUGAAAGCGACAUGUCUCAUAAAUACUGAAAAAAUUGGAUAUAAUUACCAGGUAUUGAAAAAAAGGGAGGAAGAAAAUGUUUUUGUGAAAUCAGAGCAGAAGCGGAAACUUAACAAAAUGUCGGACGUGGCUAAUAAGCUUCGCGCGAAAAUUCGCAAGGCCGCUUCAGACGGAGCUAUUGAAGAGAUCAAAGCUGACGCCGAAGUUGUAAAGCUAAUUGAAGCAAUGGCAGAGUUGGAGAAAAAGUCAUAUCAGUUCUCCUAUGUCAAUAACUACAAGUUCACACAAGUGUGGCGUAUGUCAGCGGUGGAGUGUUCCAACUUGGCGAAGGAGUUAAGGCAAGCAGAAGUAGCACUACAUGCGCACAUCCUGGCUGAACCACCGCCUCCACCCCCUCCGCCACCACCUAAGAGCCCGUUUCAUAAACCUGAAAUAUCAAAACCAACUGUUACAAAGCAGUUAGCCAUUGAAGGUGAUCCUAAUAAUGCUGUAGGAAAAGACAAAUUGAUACGCCACAUUCUACAAUUGGUCGCUGACAACACUGGGUUUUUGGUCGAAGAUCGCCUUCUGAAAUUGAUUGAAAAGUACGAACUGACAUCGAGAAAUCUCUGCACGCUGGACUCCAUUUUCAUGGCUCUGGAGAUUCAAGCCGAAGAGGAUAUUGAAUUAUUAUGUAAAGUAUUCCUUAACUACGCAUUUUGUCCCAUAUGUGUUGGGUUCGAAGGGGCUUCAGAUAUUGUGGAUCCAACUUUCGCAAUCACCGAAGCAGCAGAGGACAGUGUAUCCCACCAUGCAAGUAUGAGUAUUAAAUCUGGACGUGGAGGGGAACGGGGCUCAGUGCGACAGCGAUCCAGCGUGGCAAGGAGUGUGUCGGCGAGCACCUCGCGUUCCGCUCAUGUUGGAUUCAGGGGUCACGAGCUGUCUCCGGAAGAUCAAGCUCUUAUGGCUGAAGCGGAUGAAAUAAUGCAGAAGUGUCAUGAUGCUCGAAAUUCAGUAGCAGUGCCGGAAGCGCCAUCUGACGGCGGCUCCGCUCGACGAACGGGCACGCGGGGUGUGACGGUCGCCUCGCAGCCCACCGUCGUUGCGGGCACCAAGAAAAAUAAUCCAUUUUUAUGUGCACUGGGACACAAUCUAGAAAUCGAGCCAAUGCAAGUGUUGUCUGCUUUGAACGAGUUCAUGUCAAUGUUCGUUCCGUCAGAAAAGAAAAAGCUCUACGAAAUUUUGGACAAUUUAAAGCCACCAGAUUUUACAACCACCUCCCGCAUAAUGAAGCCAGCAGAUAUAGUUUCCUACUGGUCACAAUGGAGGAACGUGUACACAUUCGAGAAGGAUCGAUUUUGGGACGGUUUACUUACAGGGCUUAACCAAUAUCUGACUAUCUUACAAGAACGUGAGCGAAUACACGACGAAGUCGUUAUCCUGCGUAAGAAAAACGUUGCGCUACGUCGACUGAUAAGGGGCGGGUUACCAAAGCUACCAGGAUCAAAGGCGAAGCCCCAAUAUAUGCAACAAGCUUUGCCCUUAUUUACUGCCGCUGUUGAAGAGUUUCAAAAGAAUAAAAUUGAUGCACUACCACCCAUAUAAUUGUUUAAGUUAUUUUUGUUAAAUAUAUUUUUUUAUGUUCAUAUAUUUAUUAAAUUAUUUAGACUUC